AUUUGUGUGUCUCGAACGAGGAUUUGUUCAUUUUUUAAUAAUCUGUUACGCAUUUGUCUUAUAUCUCAUUUAUUAUAAUUUUAUGUGGACGAGAGAUGAUACCCUUCCGGACAUGGAAUACACAGUUGACAACGAAGAAAUAAACCGUUAUCCUUGGUACGCGACGCUCCGAUGACACUGGUUGUCAUUGUUGUCAACAGUUGUGCCGAUCGCGUGUCCACCGAGCGAGGGAAAGAACGCGAGGGCGUAUCGACGAAAUUAACAGGACCGCCGCAUAGAUAAAUGCCAAGUGUGAAGGAUGAAUCGGAGGGUGAAGGGGAGGAGAUGUCUCACGACAGCAACGACAGCAAUCAGAGCUCCGCGUCGUGCGACAGCAGCGCGGAGCACACCGACAGCGAUGACUCGUCGGAGAUGGACGAGGACGAGUGCGAAAGGAGGCGCAACGAGUGCAUGGAUAACCUGCUCGACUUGGAGAGGCAGUUUACUCUACUCAAGGAACAGUUGUACCGAGAAAGAAUCACGCAAGUGGACACAAAGCUCGGGGAAGUUCGCGUUGGAAAAUCCGAGGAAUACCUAAUACCGCUGGAGCGACUGAAGGAAAAUAUGAAAACGAAAACGGAAGUGGCUGGAAUACUGAAGCAGUACAGACUACAAAAUAUCCAGAAUAAGUUCCUGGCAGAGGAGCUGGCCGCCUUUCAAAAUUUCGAAAGCGAGAAAGGCCUGGUCUGGGACUGCAUCCAUAACGAUCUGCAGGAUAAGAUACGCCGUUUGGAGGAAGAUAGAAAUAACGUGGAUAUACACGCGGACUUGUGGCUUAAUACCACCGGCAGAAGACGCAGGAAUCAUUCGGACAGAAGACGAGCGGUUUCCGUUGCGGGCCCUUACAUCGUUUACAUGCUCAACGACGCGGACAUAUUGGAAGAUUGGGCGUUAAUAAAAAAGAGUCUAGGUAGUCGGAAAGCGGAAAUAAUGUAAAUUGUAUUUCGUGCGCGUUGGAGGGACGUUAAAAGUAGCUUUCUCGCAUUACACGUCCAUCUCUGAUGUGAAUAGGAAUUUCGUUCAACUGGAAAUGGUCUAAGAUUGGACAAGCAACUGGCAUCCAUUGAGCAUUUGAUAUCUGUACAGUGUGCCUUGAUAAACAAAAUAAGGGUGAUUAUUUACUAAUCUAAAUAAUUGCCGACUUAAAAUAUCAUAUUUGCCAAGACGUACUUCUGCGGUGCACUAGUGCAGAAAAAUUAUGUACAUACGACUAUGUCAUCGGAAAAGACAAAUCACAAUUGAAAGGAAAAAAAAGAGCGGAUAUAUAUAUAUAUUGUCUGUACCAAUUUCAGAUAGUAAGAAGGUUUACAUUCUGAGGCAAACGACAAUUAUGUUAAUUCAUAUUGUCAAAAAUAAUUAGUUUUUAUAUUCGAUA